AUGUAUUACUACUCAGAGAGAGAAUUCGGCUGGACGUUUCUAGAUUGUGUCUAUUACUGCUUUGUUGCCUUGAGUACGAUCGGCUUCGGAGAUCUGGUGCCGAAUGAAGGCAAGGAGCCAGACUCGUCAUACGAACGAGGCAUGUGGAUCGUGCGCCUCAUGUACUUGGGCUUAGGCCUCUCGCUUCUUUCGAGUGUCUUCACUUCUGUCUGUAGUGCGGUGAAGGAAAUUCGAAGUCUGAUGCCGUGUAAACGAGGUAAGUAAAUAAGUUAUCCAAGCUACUGUUACUUUUGGUUCUGUAAAACAUGAAAGCUAGGCUAAAACUAAACUACAACUAGCAGCACUGACUAAUUGGCAAGGUGCUAAGAUUCUGCUGGAUCGUCAUAUUAUUUCAUGAGCAAUUGAGAUUCCACUUUGGUUGCCAAGUAUAAAAUAAUGCACCAUGUAAUCUGUAGUUAGAGAUCACAGAUGACGUCGAAAACGUUGUAACAAGAGAGACAAGUCCAACGAGCCGCAGGCGAGUUGGUCAGCGGAAACACCGUAGAAUGCUGAGCAGCAAAGCAAGACUAACAGAAAGAACACGUUUACCGCAAAAAUUACAUUUCCGCGUCAACCAAAUCGUUUUUCGUCUCGAACUCUUCUCCUGUUUCUUCUUAUUAUUAUUCUAAGCCUUGUCCUUUUUUCUUUCUUAUUUUUGGGGGCCUUGACUUACUUAUCCAUGAAGUACUCCGAUAGAAUAUCUACUAGCCAAUUCUACGAUUCCAAUAUUGUGACUAUAAUCCUUCCUAACUUGUCUUUCUCUUUAGAUAGAAGGUGUAGGCGUCCCACAUACAUUUGAAUCUGACCUGAAAUCCUUCUUCUCCAGGUGAUGGGCUCGUAAUAUUCCUCACUCUUAUUUAAUAAUUGCAUGCAGCUAGUAUUGAUUGAUAACUAAUUAUUAUCUUUCCUUACAAUUUGGUUGCACUAUACCUUAAUCGCGACUCAUUUACUGUCUACGUACACUUCUAAAACAAUCUUAAACAAAACUGUAUUUUCGGCAGGGGUUUUCAUAGACACUCGUGUCUUUGAAAUAAGGUACUACCUAAAUUUGUUACAAUUUUUCACAGCGGUAUGUCUAUUGGUGUUUGUGGUAUCUGUCAUACUGAAAUAGUUAUCUUUUUAUGAACCAUAACAGCGCUAAAAUAUAAAACGGCGGCCGAGAUGACCCUGAUAAAAUUAAUAAGGGCGGCUGAUCUACAGUCGCACGUGAUAAAUCGAAAAUUUCUGCCUUUGUGCCACAGGAACACCAGAUUAGGAUGCGUUCUGACGAACGCGACUGCGCAAUAUCUUUCUCCAUCCAAGUGUAUAAACCUUACUUGACUCGCACUAUUACUACUAAUUGCUACUGUCACAGUUAAAAGAGCAAAUAUGCAGAUGGCUGGACUGCCCUUUUAAGGGUGUGGCAUCCUAUGACACGAGACUAUCAACACCCUUUGAAACCACUCGCCUAUAGACAGUAAAGAGAUUUAACCCUUUUACCCUCAGAGUGCAUUGUGAAGUAUUAUAAAGUGGUUGUAACUUUUGCGUCUAUGAAUGAAAUCUUAUGGUGUUACCAUUCAAAUAAAUCCUCGUCACUCAUAUUUUCACGUGCCACUAUUCAUUUAGCAGCAUUUUGCAAAAUGAGAUUGGCAAUUUUGCCGAGUUUUGACUUUAACCGUUUUCCUGGUUUUCAUGUAACUGAUAGGUGGCCAGCUGGGUCAAUUUUCAAUCGCUGACGUAACUAACUUAUCAACAGGUUCUAUGUACGAGCUUCACAGCACAGAUCAAAGAGAGCGAACUCCAAAACCAGUGACACCUCUAGGGGAGAUACUUAAGUCAUCCAAGCGUUAUUCGUCUACUGCGUUAGGACAGAAAGACUGUUUAGCUGAACCAAAACUUAAGAGGCAGGUAAAGCUGCAAGAGGUGGACUGCAAUGGAGCGUAUUCUAAUUCUACAAUUGACGCAAACGUACAAGAGCUGGAGUGUCCAGGUUACGUGGACGCGGAAAAUUUAAAGGCAGUGGAGGAGAGGGAAAACGCAGGUUUAGGAAAAGUGAAGUACGGAGAUGACAUUCUUCAGGAAGGUCUCGCAGAUUCAGAAGAGACGACGGAAUGA